AAUGUCAAUGACCCGUUGCACGCUGAUACUGCUACGGCCCAGUACGGGCCGUUCCAGACCAAUCUCGAGCUCGAUCGUUUCGGCUAGGGAAGUGAAGUGAGUGGGCAGAGACCACGUAGCGAUCAAAAUACUGCUGUUGUGUGUUGGCUGGCAACUGUGGUGGUGGUUUGGACCGAGGCGAAGGCAAGAUUCCCAGCUAGCUCUCUGGACUGGUGCCAGGCCCAGGUUUGCUGGAGUUGGUCGAUCCACUUCAAGCAUCACGCUUAGUGGUGAGCAGGACGGUGCUGGACAGGAGCUGCAUGGUGAGGCACUGCAAACGCUACGUUCGUUCAAAUAAUUGAGAGCACUGUGUGGGUGAUCGCUACAUCCAUUGUGCAUGAGAGCAACGUCACCAUAACAAGCAUGGCUGUUGACACUCCGUUGCACUGUGCCGUCGAACAAUGCAAUAUCGACAGUUGCAAAGCCCUGCUCGGUGCCGGUGCCGAGACGAACAUCCGGAAUAGUGCUGGUGACACUCCGUUGCACUGUGCCGUCAAGAGACGCUAUAUCGGCAUUUGCAAAAUGCUGCUCGAUGCCGGUGCCGAGAAGGACAUGGAGGAUAGGGCUGGUGACACUCCGUUGCACUGUGCUGUCAAUCAACGCUAUUUCAACAUUUGCGAAAUCCUGCUCGAAGCCGGUGCCGACAAGGACAAGAAGAAUAGUGCUGGUGACACUCCGUUGCACUGUGCCGUCAAGAGACGCUUUAUGGACAUUUGCGAAAUCCUCCUCGAAGCCCGUGCCGACAAGGACAAGAAGAAUAGUGCUGGUGACACUCCGUUGCACUGUGCCGUCAAUGAACGCUAUAUCGACAUUUGCAAAAUCCUGCUCAAAGCCGGUGCCGACAAGGACAAGAAGAAUAGUGCUGGUGACACUCCGUUGCACUGUGCCGUCAAGAAGGGCUUUAUUGACAUUUGCGAAAUCCCCUUCGAAGCCCGUGCCGACAAGGCCAUGGAGGAUAGUGCUGGUGACACUCCGUUGCACUGUGCUAGUAGGCAAGAAAAUAUCCCAAUUUGCGAAAUCCUGCUCAAAGCCGGUGCCAACAAGGACAGCCAGAAUAAUGCUGGUGACACUCCGUUGCACUGUGCCGUCAAUCAACGCUCUUUCAACAUUUGCGAAAUCCUGCUCAAAGCCGGUGCCGACAAGGACAAGAAGAAUAGUGAUGACGAUGAAAUGUUGGUGGAGCACCCAGGAUCGGCCUCUCCUCAUUCAGUCAAGCGCGGGGCCCAGCAACAAGCAGAUAGCGGAGCGGAGGCGCCAACGGCGAAAAAGAAGAAGUACGAGUCUCUCGACCAACAGCUCUCUGACAUAAUAGCAUGGAAGAGUGACGUCUUCACAGAACUUCUGCCUGACCUGGUUUCCACGCUAACUCCAGUUGCUAUGCGUCUCCAGUGUGAGGCUAAGAAGCUGAUUAAGCAGGAACAGCGUCAGCUGUUUGCAUCAUACAUUGGCAAAGCAGCGCAGAAUGAGGCAUUGCUCGAUGCACUACGCCUGGGUGAUGACGAAUCCUUCCACACCUUCCUUGAAUGCAUCCGUAAAGUCGAGCCAGAAGCCAGCGCGAGAAGGUUAUUGGCCAAGCUGGAACCCGUCGACAAGUUCCGGCAGCACUGCUGAGGCCGCAUUAGCGUCUGCAGGAGAAUCCGCUGCUGAUCCAGUGGUGUUUUGCUGAACUCCCAGGAGAACAAGAUGACGUCACGCAACCAGAGCAUCGUGUUUGCACCCAACUUCACACAGCCUCCGCUGGACAACUUCUCGGCGUCGCUGACCUCCUCACUCAGCCAAGUGGUUGCUCUGAUGAUCUCGCAGUGCCACCUUGUGUUUGGUACCACCGGCUCUGCUGCAGGGCGCACGGGAACAGGCUCAACGCAGACGAGAGAAGCGCCUUCCGCUGGACUUAGCAGUGCAUCCGCUGCGAGCUUGACCAGCGACAGCGCUGCUCGUGGAGUUCCUCUCCCAGCGUACGAAGUCGUAUCUCUGUCAAACCCAGGCUCUCGGCCACCAUCCGUCACUGAUAGUCAUCCAUCCAUCGCUACAGCUCCAACCAGUGCAGGUUCCUCGCCGAAGCUACCAAGUCAGAGUCCGUCGCAGAAAUCCCUGGCACCUUCCGCUUCUGCGAAUCCCCCUGAGGAGUUUGAGAUGUAUGGCAGGACUCCUGUAUGGGGAGCUCGAUAGCGGAGGAGGCAACAUGCGCUGCCGCAGUGCGUGUGUAUGUGUGUGUGUUUGUGAAUGUGUGUGUGUGUGUGUGUGCGCGCGCGCGCGCGUGUGUGUGUGUGGGGGGGGGGGGUACAUGGUGUGUGUGUGUGUGUGUGUGUGUGUGUGUGUGUGUGUGCAUGCUUACAUGCUUACAUGCAUGAGCAUAUGUGCACGUGCAUAGAGUGCGCACCAUUCUAUACAAGUCAUAAUCCAGCAGAUAGUAAAGCCCGAAAACCAGUAUUUUGAUAUAGUAGCAGAAUUUCUCCGCACUUUCUGAUCCUCUUGUAUCCUCAAUCAUUUGUUUUUUGAUUGUCUUGCUACUAACAGACCUCUGCAGUCAAUUUGUGUGAAAAGAGUGAACACUUCACAGUGGUUGAGCAUGCACGAUAUUCUAAUGGCCAUGUCAAAGUGUCCGGUGAUGAACUGUGAUGCGAGGUGGUCACUGUUCAGUUGUUCGAUUGCCGUCACGAGUGCUCGUCACACCUUGAAUACGAAUUUAUAUUAGACGCUGCCGAUUGCUGGCUCUUCGGUGCCUUUUCUACGUGUGUGCUGCUUCAAUAUGGUAGCCUGUUGUUCAAUUUCUCAUUCCCCACCGAUUUGAUCUAUCGAUUCCAACUAGUACAGGGACAAGUACGAGUACAAUGAUUUGCGAUUUCCCCCAGUACACUCAGCCACUCCAUUCUGCGUCAUUAUCAUUGUUAUGCAUGGUAUCAUGAUGACAUCAUUGGUGAUGUCAUGGCGGUAUGACCAUCAUCUUCAUCGCCAAUCAAUCACAACCUCUAUCACCAUCACAAUCAUUUCUAUAAUAUUAUUGCAAACAGCUCCAGCUCGUGUAAGCUAUUUUCAAAUACUGUCGACCUUACCAAAUGAGGUCAGUGUCUUCACUGCCUGGCCAAUGUUUUACAAUAUUGUUCAGAACAA